AUGAUAGUACCAAUAUUAUAUAAAAGAAGAUCAGAUAUGCCACCUGGACCUAUACCUUUACCCGUAGUUGGUAAUCUUUUUCAAGUUGGAACAAAACCACAUAUUUCUCUAUUGAAUUUAAGUCAUAUAUACGGAGGUGCAAUGACACUAUUCCUUGGAAAAGUACAAAGUGUAGUAAUUACGGAUCCAGAAUAUAUUAAAGAAGUAUUUGUAAAUCAAUCCGAUUACACUACUGAUAGAUUCUUGAGCAAUACAACUCAAAUUAUUGGAAAUAAUAUUGACUUAUUAUUUUCAAAUGGAGAUUAUUGGAAGAGAUUAAGAUUUAUAUUAGCAAGCUGUUUCAUUAAAAUGAAAUCUCACCUUUCAAUUAUAGAAAAAAUUCAAACAGAAACCUUUAGAUUGACAGAUGCAUUCCAACCAUUUGUAGAAACAGGUGAACCGGUAUCACCUAGAAAGUUUUUUAAAAUUUUCACUUUAAAUAUUAUUAUGAAACUAUUGUUUGAUGAAAUCGUUGGAUACAAUGAGAAAGAGGAGAACGAUGUAAUUGAGGCAGUCACUUGGGUCGAACAUGAAUUGGCUGUUGGAAAUAUUCCAGAUUUGUUGCCGUUCCUCUCGGUAUUUUUCAAUUCGUCACGUGAAAAGUUGAAGAAAUCGCUGGAAAAAGUAUGGGUCUACAGUAAAGCUGCGAUCACUAGACAUCGUCAAGCACUCGCAAAGAAUCCUAAUCGUUGUGAUGAUCUAAUGGAUAUGAUAUUGAUUGAGAUUGCAAAGAGUGAAGACCCAGACUUCUUUACGGAUGAGGGUAUCUCACGUAUCUCCACUGACCUCUUACUCUCGGGAACAGAGACAUCGUCGUCCACUCUCGAAUGGCUGUUCCUUUUCCUAAUGAACUAUCCACACUAUAUGCUAAAGAUCAAGGAAGAACUAUCAAAGGUUUGUGCGCCAUCCGAGAGAAUUAAAUUGACACACAGACAAUCGACUCCAUUCCUGGUGGCUUGCAUCAAAGAAGUACUGAGAAUUCGUCCGGUUGGUGCGUUGUCACUGCCAAGAUAUGCUAGCCGUGACUUGACUGUCGGUCCUUACACAAUUCCCAAGGGAACACAACUGCUUAUGAAUGUCUACGGAUUGGCGAUGAGCCCAAAGUUCUGGGAGGAUCCAGAGGAGUUCCGCCCUGAGCGUUGGAUGAACGAGAAUAAUGUAAGCACCGGUAACGACUACAAGAACCUGGCAUUCGGUAUUGGAUCACGUUCUUGCAUUGGCUCCAACUUGGCCAAAGAUGAAAUGUACUUGGCCGCUGCCAAUUUGUUGCACCAAUACAAUUUCAAACCGGCCAACGUCGAUCCAAAAACAGACAGACUUCCAGAGGAUGGUCAUUUCGGUAUAGCUCUCAGUUGUACAGAAUACAAAUUCUAUGUCUCAAACGCCGACUCUCCAAAUUCAACAAUUACACAACAUGCAUAA